GUCAAUUUCUUACGAUUGUCCCCGCCAGAAAUACCAUUCGUGGGAAUCUGCCCGUGCUAUAACAACAGAACCAGAAAUUAACUUGUGGUUGGUGUUGUUGCAUCUACUUCGACUUCAAAAAGAUUUUUUAUUCCGAAUUGGAUAUACAGUAGUAUGACCAUCGAAGUUCAAGAAAAUCUAAACGGUGGUGGUAGCGGCUUUCGAAUCGUUGAAGAAGAGGGCAUAGAAAUUGGGCAUGUUAACGAUGACGUUGACGAAACUUUGGCCUCCCUAAAUGGAACCCAGAACGGAACCCAGAACGGAACCAAGAACGGAACCCAGAAUGGGAGCCACAAAAACCAUAGUGAAGGAAAUAGGAACAAUAAUUCCGGGUUUCUCGUGAAACCUGACGAUCUCUCUCGGUUCGCCAAAGAUCGGAAUACCGACGCUCUAAUUGAGCUUUUGGAAAAGGGAAUUGACGGUCGCGCUCAUAUUUUGAAGAACCAGAAUGGGAAAGGAAAUGGUGGCGUUGGUGAUAUUGAAACCCCUUCGGUGGAUUAUGAACUUCUUUCCAAGACCAUCGAGCUGAUCAGAGAAUUAAAGAAAGAUCAAGCGGAUGGACCAUACCAGAAAUAUAGCAAAGAUCAGUACGAGAUGGAUGUACAUGUCGAACAAGCUGUUGAAAUGCUAACCGCACUUGUACUGCGCUCUUCUCUCGAAAAGGGGAUUGAUAGUAGCGAAGCAGAAUAUCGAAGAGCAGUGUUUGGAUCUAACGCAAUUGCAGAAAAACCAAUGGAGUCAUUCUUAGCCCUGUGCUGGGAGGCAGUCCAAGAUUUUGUCUUGAUAAUGUUAAUUGUUUUGGGCAUUAUUGCGUUGGCCGUUGAAAUUUCUGAUAAAGGUCCCUGUGGAUCCUGCUGGGCUGAAGGAACAGCCAUUCUCCUUACCGUUCUUUUAGUGGUCCUCUUGACGGCGAGUAUUGAUUAUGCCAAGCAGUUUGCCUUUCAGCGCUUGGCGCGUAGCUUGUUUGAAAGCAAUACCAAACAGGUGAUUCGAAACGGCAAACAGAUGACCGUAAUCGAUGACGACAUUGUCGUGGGUGACAUUUUAUGUGUCAAUUCCCAUGCUCUUGCAAGUGUACCUGCAGAUUGUGUCUUGAUAGGUCCGGCAGCAGAUUUGAAAAUGGACGAAUCCACUUUGACGGGAGAGUCAGAACCUGUAUCCAAAAAACCAGGUGAUGUCAUAUUGAGUGGUACCAAUGCAAUUCAAGGGUCUGGGAGAAUGGUAGUCAUUGCUGUCGGUAUCAAUUCGGUAGGCGGGAAAAUCAGGGCUCAUGUGUAUGAGUCAACAGAUCAUGACGAUGAGCUGGGAGAUGAUGGCGAAAAUUCGCCUCUGUAUACAAAAUUGGAUAAGAUUGCGAAACAAAUAGGUAUCGCUGGGAUAGUAGCGGCAUGCUUUUCAUUUGUUGUCAGCUGUGUAAGUGAAGCGGAAAAUCUAUAAACUGUUUCGUGCGCUACGAAUAACUCACAAUAUCACUUUCGACAUCCCAUUCAAUUUAUUCCGUAGAUUAUUGGGUUGGGGGUUGAGAAAGACCCUGUUAGAAAUCUGCUCGACUAUCUGGUCACCGCAAUCACAGUUUUAGCAGUCGCUGUUCCAGAGGGUCUUCCACUAGCAGUAACAUUAUCCUUGGCUUUCUCGUCUCGCAGAAUGACAAAAGAGCAUAAUCUAGUUAGGAAAUUGAAUGCCUGCGAGACAAUGGGUUGUGCAACUACUAUUUGUACCGACAAGACUGGUACGUACUGUCGCACAGCCUUACGACUAAGAUAUAAAGUUCUGCGAACAAGGGAAUUAGCAACGAUUUUACGUUCUAACAAGUGCCUUUGUCUUCGACCUUGUUUAUUCUGUCUUCUUUUUCUCGACUUCAGGAACUCUUACUGCAAAUAAAAUGUCUGCUCGGGC